UGUUGAGGGCAUCUAAUGGGCGGGAGAGGGGACCGGUAUAAAGCAGCAGGCACCAGAGCCGCCCAACUGCACACGCUGCGCCCGCCCGCCCGCUCAGAGUCCACUCUGCCCCUUCCCCACCUGCUCGCCACCACCAUGACACCGGGCACCCGGGCCCCUUUCUUCCUGCUACUACUGGCGCUCUCAACAGAUCAGAGGUGGGCUAACUCAGGUGCCACUGCCAACAGUACCCCAACCUUGAGCACACCCAUCAGCGCUGUGUGGGGAUCGACCACCACCCCAGCCCCCAGCGGCGCCUCCGUCACACCCACCAGCUCCGUGUGGGGCUCGACCACCACCCCAGCCCCCAGGGGCGCCUCCAUCACACCAACCAGCGCCGUGUCGGGCUCGACCACCACCCCAGCCCCCAGGGGCGCCUCCAUCACACCAACCAGCGCCGUGUCGGGAUCGACCACCACCCCAGCCCCCAGCAGCACCUCCGUCACACCCACCAGCUCCAUGUCAGGCUCGACCACCACCCCAGCCCCCAGUGGCGCCUCCGUCACACCCACCAGCUCCGUGUCGGGAUCGACCACCACCCCAGCCCCCAGUGGCACCUCCGUCACACCCACCAGCUCCAUGUCAGGCUCGACCACCACCCCAGCCCCCAGUGGCGCCUCCGUCACACCCACCAGCUCCGUGUCGGGAUCGACCACCACCCCAGCCCCCAGCGGCACCUCCGUCACACCCACCAGCUCCAUGUCAGGCUCGACCACCACCCCAGCCCCCAGCGGCGCCUCCGUCACACCCACCAGCUCCGUGUCGGGAUCGACCACCACCCCAGCCCCCAGCGGCGCCUCCGUCACACCCACCAGCUCCGUGUCGGGCUCGACCACCACCCCAGCCCCCAGCGGCGCCUCCGUCACACCCACCAGCUCCGUCUCGGGCUCGACCACCACCUCAGCCCCCAGUGGCACCUCCGUCACACCCACCAGCUCUGUCUCGGGCUCGACCACCACCUCAGCCCCCAGUGGCACCUCCGUCACACCCACCAGCUCCGUCUCGGGCUCGACCACCACCCCAGCCCCCAGUGGCACCUCCGUCACACCCACCAGCGCCGUGUCGGGCUCGACCACAACCCCAGUCCCCAGUGGCACCUCCGUCACACCCACCAGCUCCGUGUCGGGCUCGACCACCACCCCAGCCCCCAGUGGCACCUCCGUCACACCCACCAGCUCCGUGUCGGGCUCGACCACCACCCCAGCCCCCAGUGGCACCUCCGUCACACCCACCAGCUCCGUGUCGGGCUCGACCACCACCCCAGCCCCCAGUGGCACCUCCGUCACACCCACCAGCUCCGUGUCGGGCUCGACCACCACCCCAGCCCCCAGUGGCACCUCCGUCACACCCACCAGCGCUGUGUCGGGCUCGACCACCACCCCAGCCUCCAGUGGCACCUCCGUCACACCCACCAGCUCCGUGUCGGGAUCGACCACCACCCCAGCCUCCAGUGGCACCUCCGUCACACCCACCAGCUCCGUGUCGGGAUCGACCACCACCCCAGCCCCCAGUGGCACCUCCGUCACACCCACCAGCUCCGUGUCGGGCUCGACCACCACCCCAGCCCCCAGUGGCGCCUCCGUCCCAGCCACCAGGUUUACCUCGGGCUUGGCUACCACUCCAGUCCACAAUGCCACCUCUGCCGUGGCUACGUCUCCGCUUGGCAGUAGCACUGACUCCUCAGUUUCCAGCCAGCAGUCCGUCACUUCCAGCACCCUGGUCAGCCCCAGCAGUAACACGGUUCCCAGUGGCACUGACCACAGCACAGUACUGUCUCCCAUCCUCCCCAGUCAUGGUUCUCUCCCGCCUUCUCUUGGGGUCUCUUCCUUCUCGUUGUCUUUCUCCAUUGAGAACCGCCAGUUUAAUUCUUCCCUGGAAGAUUCCGACAGCCCGUACUAUCGGGAGCUGAAGAGGAACAUUUCCCAGCUGUUUUUGCAGACUUUUAACCAGGAUUUUCUGGGCUUUGCUAGCCUCCAGUUCAGGUCAGGCUCUGUGGUGGUGGAGUCCGUCGUGAUCUUCCGGGAGGGUGCUGUCAAUGCCUCUGCGAUAACAUCAAAGUUUACGUGGCUUAAAAACUUAGCAGCAAGAGGCUAUGGUCUGCAGAUCUCCAAAUUCCGUGUGAAUGAGAGGCCAUUUACUUCCUCUGCCCAGUCUGAGUCCGGGGUGCCAGGCUGGGGCAUUGCCUUGCUGGUGCUGGUCUGUGUUCUGGUUGUACUGGCCAGCGUUUAUCUCCUUGCCGUGGCUGUGUGCCAGUGCCGCAGGAAGAGGUACGGACAAUUGGACAUCUUUCCCACUCAGGACACGUACCACCCAAUGAGUGAAUACCCCACCUACCACACCCAUGGGCGCUAUGUGCCCCCUGGAAGCACUAAACGUAACCCCUAUGAGGAGGUUUCUACGGGCAAUGGUGGUGGCAGUCUCGCUUACACGAAUCCAGCUGUGGCAGUCACUUCUGCCAACUUGUAACAGGAAGGAGCAGGUCGCCAGUUCAGGGGCCAGCAGUUCCAGUCCUUUUCCUGGGGCCUGCCCGCCUCGGAGCCGCUCGCUGAUCUGGGCUGGUGAGCCAGGACUUCCAGCGGGCUGCUGGAAGCCUCUUUGGGAGGCUCUGCCAAGCACCCCAGCCCAGCCUGCCUUAGCGUGGUGAAGCCUGGUCAAGCCCUGGGGGACACAGGGGCAGUGGUGGCUCCCUGAAGGACUGGCCUAGGAAGCCUGGAGAUGUGUGUGGGGGGGACAGGAACCCUAACACGGGUGAAUAAAAAGGUAUGUUAUGUUAA